AUGAACGCCAAGGAAGAAGAGGAUAUACAACUGGAUAAAACAUCAUCCAGCAAAAAUGAUAAUAUAUACAAAACAAAACCGCAUUUACGUAAAGCAGCUGGUGUUGUGUGGAAGGACCCUUCAUUAGAUGAUUGGCCAGAAAAUGAUUUUAGAAUUUUUUGCGGAAAUUUAGGAAAUGAAGUAACUACGGACAUUUUGGCCAAUGCAUUUAGAAAGUACAAAUCGUUUAAUAUGGCAAAGGUAAUUCGAGAAAAAAGGAACAAUAAAACAAAAGGGUACGGUUUUGUUUCCUUAUCGGAUCCCCAAGACAUGCUAGAUGCAUUAAAAAACAUGAACAAUAAAUUUAUUGGGAAUAGACCAAUCAUAGUUAAAAGAAGUAAAUGGAAAGAUAGAGAAGUUGACUCCAAAAAAAAUAAAGACUUUGAUAAUUUUAUUCAAAAUACAUAUGCUCCAUCCAAAAAAUUUAGGAAAUUUAAAAAAUUUGUAAAGCGUGAUAAUAAAGAAGUUCAUGAUAAAUUAAUAAGCAAAAAUACAAAGAACUUCUGA